CUUUGUUUCAACUAACGUUAUAACUGGUUUUAAGCUCGUCAGAUGUAAUCUCACAUGCCAUAUGAUGCAGUGAUAUUCAAAUGUGGUGGCAUUAUUUGACAGGUCUAAUUGCCAUAGGUAAUUGCAUUUGAGGAAUUCCCAACCAGUCGAAACGUUAAUUGGAACACUUAUUCUGUGGUUGGAGUUUUUAUUCAUAUAUAUAAACCCAAUCCAACCUGUAUUCUAGUGGUUCGGUUCUUAGCUGAAUAAUUCCAAAAUAUCCCUAACAGAUGGCGCUAUUUUCUAUGAUGUUUACUCAGCGGACCUUGAUGUUUAUUAUAAAUGUCAAAAUCAAAAACAUAACCUAAAAUUUCAAAAAAAAUUAUUUUAUUUUUUAGUUGAUUCAAAAGGUUAUAAUUUUCUACACACUACAAUUAAAAAGGGCGAUAUUGAAAGCGUUUUAUUUUUACUUUCAAUUAAUGCGAACGUAAAUUCGAGGGUUCAAGAUACGAGUUUAUCUCCGUGUUUAUAUUUGGCGGCUCAAUAUGGGACUCUCGUAAGAAGUUUUUUGUAGGCGGUGGCGAGGAUUGAAGAUGUUGAUAGCUCAAAACGAAAAUGUUGCUUCGGAAUGCGGUAAUACCCCGAUUGUUGCUGCGAUACCUACAAAAUCAUAUUCCUUAUAAUGCUACGGAUACAAACGGAGAUAAUGCGCUUCAUGUUGCGGUUAGGGAAGGUCAUUUAAACGUCAGUUGCUCACCCCAUCUAUCGGUAAUAAAAUUAAAUUUUAUGUUUGACAUAUUAAAAUCAGGUGUUGGAUUUCUUCCUAAAAUUAUUACAUUUUACGAAAAAAGAAACUUAGUGGAACCUAAAAACCCAUCAUAAAGUGUUUUUGAAGAUCCAAAGUGUUUAUUUAAAGUUAUUUUAUGCUCCACGAAGAGAUUUUUCGUCCUAAAUCAAUAUGUGAAGUUCAAUCGAAAGAACUAACCUAACUUUUUUCCGUCAAUUUAAAAUUUUUGGGAUUUUAAAAUAUCUGGAUAAUUUAUUAAAAUAGAAAGAUGAGUUGCUCACCCCAUCUAUCGGUAAUCACCUAAAUUCAAAUUUAUAUUUGACAUAUUAAAAUCAGCUGUUGCAUUUCUUCAUAAUAUUAUUAAAUUUUAUGAAGAAAGAAACCUAAUAGAACCUAAGAACACGUCGUAACACGUUUAUGGAGAUCCAAACUGUUUAUUUAAAGUGAUUUUAUGGUCCACGAAGAGAUUUUCCGCCCUAAAUCAAUCUGUGAAGUUUCCAACCUAACUUCUCUCCGUCAAUUUAAAAUUUUUGGGAUUUAAAAGAAAAGGGUUUAUUUAUUAUAAUAAAAGAAUAUUAUUAAAUUUUAUGAAGAAAAAAACUUUAAUUGAACCUAAAAAUCCAUCAUAACGCAUUUUUGAAGAUCCAAAUUCUAGUCUUGUAAUCUAUUUAACCGUGCCCUUGAAAAGGUGUUACGUGAAUCACAGGUGAACCUGAUUGGGACGAUUAUAUGAAGAGUGUACAAAAUGGACUAUGAAGAAGACGAUAUAACUUCGAAUUAUAUCAGGCAUACAACGACAUGGACGUGGUUCAAUUUAUCAAAAUCAACUGCUUGAGAUGGGUGGGUCAUGUUCAUGUGAUAAGAAUUGAGGAAGAUGAGUAUGAGACAAGUAUAGCAAUAUUGAACAAACUGGUCGGAACCAGAAGAUGAGGAGAAUGAAGCUGAGAGAUCGAAAAGAGGAACUAAAACUAAUGGGAAUGUUGGAGAAGGGUGAGAGACAGAGAAGACUGGAAGGAUAUUCUGAGGCAGGCCAGGGCCCCCUCAAUGAUGAACAAGCUUGAAAAUUGACGCAAGCGCUUCGGGAACCCUCGAAUUUCAAGAGAGAAUUGCAACCCCCUGUAAAAUAGCAAUGCGGAGUACUGUUGGCGUCCAGUUCAGCCGGCGGCGCCCCGGCGUACAAAACACGCGAUGUGGUCGUGGGACGCCGGAAGUGGAGCGCGCGCGAUCCUCUUCAUGUUCACCGCAAACUUCUUCGGACCCGCAGCCCUCGGAAAAUUGGAUUCAAUACAUGACAGCCCAAAGUUCACCACGCCGAUAGCCAACGUCACGGUACCCGUGGGACGUGAGGCCAUCCUCGAAUGUGUUGUCGACAACCUAUCCAACUUUAGGAUUGCUUGGUUAAGAGUUGAUACCCAAACCAUCUUAACUAUUUACAUACACGUUAUUACGAAGAAUCAUCGCAUCAACGUGAGCCAUAGCGAGCACAAAACUUGGUAUCUCCAUAUAAGGGAUGUUCGAGAAUCCGAUAGGGGCUGGUAUAUGUGUCAGAUUAACACUGAUCCGAUGAAAAGUCAAAUUGGAUACUUGGAUGUUGUUGUUCCUCCCGAUAUUUUGGAUUAUCCGACGUCUACGGAUAUGGUCGUUCGUGAAGGAUCUAACGUAAGUCUUCGAUGUGCUGCAACCGGCUCCCCAGAGCCUAUGAUUGCUUGGAGAAGAGAAGGUGGUGAACCGAUUCCUAUUGGGAAUGGGUUAGAAGCGCCGUCGAUCGAAGGGAGCAUCUUCAAUAUUACCAGGGUUAACAGACUCCAUAUGGGUCCCUACUUGUGUAUAGCAUCGAAUGGAGUUCCUCCAUCCGUUAGUAAAAGAAUCAGUUUAAUAGUUCACUUUCCUCCAAUGAUUUGGAUCCAAAAUCAGCUUGUUGGUGCGAUGAUUGCGCAAGAAAUUACAUUGGAGUGUCAUUCGGAAGCUUACCCUAAAUCAAUCAAUUAUUGGACUAAAGAUGGUGGAAACAUUAUCUCGCAAGGGGCGAAAUAUGAACCUAUUAUGGUAGACAACGCUUACAAAGUCCACAUGAAAUUAACCAUAAAAUCAGUCGGUCAAAACGAUUACGGAUCUUAUAAAUGCGUCUCGAAGAAUUCUUUGGGCGAAACAGAUGGAACAAUUAAAUUAUAUCAUAUCCCAUCGCCUUCAACGGAAGCUGAAGAAACAACCACACCAACUACAACACUUGUUACAAAACCCACAUUUAAAGAGUUUACAACAAAGCUCCCUAAGAAAAAGAAACAGAAGUCAACGGAAAGUUCUGGAAGCAGUAAUGUUAUAACUGAUACGAAACCAACGAAAGGAAGGGAUAUUCGCCAAAGAAGUAGCCCGAAUGAUCUAAACAAAGAAAAAUUAGCUGCAAUUAAUGAUAUUGCACCAUCUCUACCGAGUAAAGCUAAUAUUAAUGGUGUUAGAAGUAGUAAAUGUUGUUAUAAAGUUGGAUUUUGGGUUUGUUUAUAUUUUAUGAUGGCUUUUAGGAAGAUUUAAAGUAAAACGGAUUGUUGAAAAAAAUUUUAUUGGAAUUUGUGUAUAUAAUAAAAAAAUAUUUUAUUUCCUUGUACCUGCUCUUGAUCGUUUUGUAUUUUAUGCUAUGUCAAUGAUUAUUGGAAGAUCCUCAUAAUCAUUGGCGACUAAAUUUCUAUUAAAUUGUAAAUAUAUUAAUUGUUUAUAUUAAAGAAAAAAACAGUUAAUGAAAUUGGGAAAAAAAUAAAUUAAUGUCGAUAGAAUCUUAAAACCUAACUAAGAAAUGCUUCUAAUUUUAAUUAAAAAAAACUGAAUUAAUUUUGUAAAUAAAUGUAUUUCGACUAAAUCACUUUGUGUACAGUCAAUUAAAAAAUUCAUGUAUUAAAAUUAAUUAAUAAACCAUCUAAGGAACGA